AUGUUGGGGUUCUACCUUGUACAAGAUCAAAUUAUGUGGCACUAUGAAAUAUUAGUACUACACAAUCAGAUCAAUGAUUCAACAACUACAACACUGCAGGCACUAGCAAUUGUGCGAAUCCAGCGCUAUUGCAAUACUUGUUUCUCGUUGGUUUCAAAUAUUCUUCUAGUCUUGAGUUUCCUGGAACACUCACAAAGUUUUGGUGUUCAUUUCUCCAUGUUUAGUGCACUCAGCAACGACAGCCAUCAGUCUACCAAUGUCAUCUUGAGAUCCACUGGAGGCAAUAUGAAGUCGACAUCAAUCUUAGUGCAGGCACAGCUAACACCUCCCAUCAUUCUGAAACCCAGAUUGGUGCUGGUAUCAUUGUUUCCGUCCAUACCGCCCUCUACUGAUUUGACCAUGUGGAUGGAUGUCUACUUCAUCCAGGAAUUAUUUCCCUGUAAUCCUUCAUAUUUGCGCACAAUGAUGCCAGCAGCCCAGUGGACUACCAAAGUGCAGUAUGCAUGGCUCCAAGAACAACUGCCAGAGUACAUACAGCAAAGCGCCAGGGACAAGGACUACGCCUGCUUCUGGCCCGCUGCGCGGUACUUUCCUGCACAACGCGCAGCAUUCCCACACGCGCACCUUGCGCGCUUUCUCGCGCUUAAGCGCCCUGCAUCGCCUAUCAUCCAGGAAUGUCCCUCUAUGUCCAUCCACCUCAUUGCGCUUAUUGCUCCCAUCCCUUCCGCUUCCGAUGCGAUUUCCAUAGUAUAA